AUGGUAUCUGACCUCACCAAAAGAGGUCGCUCUUCUCCGGACGAUCGACUCGCUUUUCUGGCUCUGACAUACACCAUCGAUCAGUGGAGCUACCAGAUUCCUCACCUAGCAGACAAGUUACUGGAAGACAGAGAUCAGCAACUUCUGUCCGAAUUAUACGUCGCUCACUUGAUGCCCGCCGCACGCUCUUUCUGGUGGAAUGGUGACAACUACCACAGAGCGAUGGAUCAGCUUCUCAAAGAAAAAUACCCCGUCGUCAAGGUGGUUGCUUGGAAGUCGAGCGGGCCAAAGGCGAGCAAUCUUCUCAAGAUUUGGCGCGAAGACGCUGCCCUUCUAUACACGGACCUCGUCGGACCAGGAAGAGAGGAUAAUGUUCCCAGCGGUGAAGCAGACCAGGAGGUCGAAGAAGAGACGGAUGUCAUUUUGGAAGUUUCCCAGAGUCAUGCUGCAGAGCUUGACGAAGUCGAGUCCGAUGAGGAGGUAAAAAAGUGCACAAGUCCCAACAUCAAGAGAAAAGCCAGCAAAACACUCGGCCGGGUAGAAACGUCAAAGAAAGCCAGAGCGCGCUCCGUAUACGACCAGGAAAGCUCUGAGGACGAUAUCUUCGAGAUUCGUCAUCGGCCCAAGAUGAGACCAACGUUUUCCACGCCCAGACCAGUGGCCACUGCCCUGAUGACGCCACCUCAGAGCAGCAAGUCCACUCUCACAAUUGUCGUCGACUCAGACAGUGAAAAUGAGGACCUAGCUGCCACGAGCCGGCUUAAGACUGACCGCUCCGUGUACGACGAGGAGAGCUCUGAAGACGACAUCUUCGAGAUUCGUCAUCGGCCCAAGAUGAGACCGAUGUUUUCGACGCCCAGACCAGCGGCCACUGCUCUAAAGACGCUACCUCAGAGCGGCGAGUCCACUCUCACAAUUGUCAUCGCCUCAGACAGUGAGGAUGAGGACCUAGCCGCCACCACAAGCCGACCCGCGACUGGGCAGCCAGAUGGUCCUGUCGCCGCCUCCGAUCCGGCACCGCUCAGCCUCACACCUGUCCAGACCGUGGCAUCAAUCGAGCCUGCCGAAGAACUGACCCAAAAACACAACUGUUUGACGGCAAUCCGGGAGACUAUUGACCGUGUUGCCGAGUCUUGCGACACAUUUUUGCCCCAGGAGCGGAGCGAGGCGAGUCGCCAACUCAAGAAGUUGGAGUUGAAAUUGGAGAGACUGGGCAAGACGGCCAAGGGGUUGAGGGAAGCAAUUGGGUCUUGA